ACACGCCCGCAGCCAUUGGGAAAAGGUUAAGACCACGCCGUCCUCUCCCUCAUCCCCGAAAGCCCGUCCGGCGUCCGCCAUCUGAUCUCCAUCCCCUUCCUCGUCUCUGCUCCAACCGCUCUUCGAUUUGGUCGCCGAUUUGCGAUUUGGGCCGACUAGGGUUUACGAGAUAGAGAGAGAGAGAGAGAGAGAGAGAGUUAAGGUUUCGCGCGAGAUGGCGCAGGCGGUGGAGGAGUGGUACCGGCAGAUGCCUAUCAUCACGCGCUCCUACCUCACCGCCGCCGUCGUCACCACCGUCGGCUGCACCCUCGAGAUCAUUUCGCCGUAUCACCUGUACCUCAACCCCAAGCUGGUGGUGCAGCACUACGAGAUCUGGCGCCUCGUUACCAACUUCCUCUACUUCCGCAAGAUGGAUUUGGAUUUUCUGUUCCAUAUGUUUUUUCUUGCGCGGUACUGCAAGCUUCUUGAGGAGAACUCAUUCAGAGGAAGAACUGCCGACUUUUUCUACAUGCUCUUGUUUGGUGCUACUGUCCUAACUGGCAUUGUUCUAAUUGGAGGGAUGAUACCUUACAUUUCGGAGACAUUUGCCAGAAUUCUGUUCUUGAGCAAUUCAUUGACGUUUAUGAUGGUUUAUGUCUGGAGCAAGCACAAUCCCUUCAUCCAUAUGAGCUUUUUGGGCUUGUUCACCUUUACUGCUGCUUACUUACCUUGGGUCCUUCUGGGGUUCUCUAUUCUUGUCGGAAGCAGCACGUGGGUGGAUCUCUUGGGUAUGAUUGCUGGACAUGUGUACUACUUUCUGGAAGAUGUAUACCCACGGAUGACUGGGCGUCGCCCCCUGAAGACUCCGUCGUUCAUCAAGGCGCUAUUUGCUGAUGACAAUGUUGUUGUGGCACGGCCACCAAAUGCCGGGAUUGGUGCGGGCGCAAGGUUUGGUGCUGUGGGUCCAGGCCCCCAGGUCCAAUGAUCAUUUGCUAUCCAUGACCUGUGAGGCUGCAACAGAUCCGAGAGGCAGUUUCUUUAUCUGCUCAAAUUGCGGGAUUGUACAAGCCAAUGUUCUCGUGUAUUUAUACAGGCUAGAUCAGAGUUAUUGUGCAUAACAAAAGAUUAGUAGUUUCUGAGGCAGCUAAGUUUCUCACCCCAUGGCAAGGUCAAAGAAAACGAUCUAUGAUUGCCAGGCAGGCCGCCCCCUGUUUCUGAAACCUGUUUUUGCGAUGAUUAACAUCUGACCAUGGUACCCUUUUUCAUGCAUCUUUUUAGCGUAGGAAACUCUUUGAACAAAUCAUGUUGGCAGCGAGAAUUGUAUCAAGUGUUGACAUUGCAGAAUAGUGCAAGAAAUGGCUCUUAACGUUGUUAUGGGUUUCUAUGUACUGUGAUGGAAGACGAUCCUUGAAAUGAAGUGGUCACAUUGUAGGUUGGUUUCUCCCUCCCAACUUUCAAUUGCGUCCUUCCAUGUGGACAUAGAUGCAUUUUUUAA